GCCGAAGUCACCACUGUGGAUGUGUUUUAAACACAGCACGCAAGUCCUCGCGCUGCUGCUGGGAACUCGUAAACAACGGAGAGAGGUCGGAGUGUUCAACCUGUCGCUUUUCAGAGUCAACCACUAAUCCUCGUUUAGCCUGCUUUCUCUGAGUGGACAUCAUGUCGACCAGCUGUGACGCGUCAUCGAGCUGCCCCAUUCCGAGCCGCGCUUCUCACCCGGAGUGCUGGUCAUCUCUGCCCGAGUCCUACAGCCAGACCCCCGGCGGCACCGUCUUCUCCACCACCCCUGGAGGGACCAGAAUCAUCUACGACAGGAAGUUUCUCCUGGAAUGCCGCAACUCUCCGAUCGCCCGGACUCCACCGUGCUGUCUGCCUCACAUUCCCGGCGUCACCAUGCUGUCCGCACACCCACUGGACAAGCUGUCGGAGCAGGACGAGGACCGGAAAGACAUCCACGCUGACGACAAUCAGUUUGUCCUGGACAUCUGAGAGCACGAUACGGCUCCUGUGGAGAGGUUUGUCUGUUGCGCUCCUGAUCUGAGAAACCAUGGGGAUCACGGGUUUGUAAAAACGCCCAUGCUGUGCUGUAUUAAAAAACAAAACACUCUGAGACGGAAGAUUCCUGCUGGGAAUUCGAUCACUUCAGUUACCUUGAUGCAAAAUCCUGCUUUAUUUUGUCUAUCAUUCAGAUGAAUGUAACGAUGUUUUAUAAAGAUUUUUUUUUAUACUGGUUCUCCAGUAGGGUGAAGUGGAGAGUUUAAACCCUGUUAGGGUGAUCAGUCAGUACCUCAUUUUGUGGAAAUGUUCUGUAUUGACUACCAUUCUGUUUGUAUUUUAAAUAAAACCUGGAAAAUCA